AUGCUCGCCUCCUCCCCCGUCAACUCUCUCCCCUUACCCCAGCUGAAGCGUAAGCGGUCCAACUCGACCGAUCCUGUUCCUGGUCAGGAUGCCCCGGUCGCGACCAAACCGCGCCCAGAUGAUGAUGCUGCCGCCGCCGCCACGGUCGCAGAUCCCGCCCCGACCGACCUGCGACCGGGCGAGACUCCCGCGACGCGCCCCAUCCCCAUCGACCAACUGCGCGAAACCCUCGAGGCCCAACUCAGCUUAGAGGUCUUGUUGAAACACAACGAACUACGUCUGAUCGAUCAGGAAAUUGCCAAAUGUCAGGUUGCUCUCGAACAACUUCGUCGCUGUGCCGAAAUCCCCUAUCCUGGCGCUUCCCAUCUCUCAUCCGCCGUCAGCAGCGGCUCCGGUGUCGCGGUGUGGGCUCCUGGAAAUGGACCUGCACCGCUGUCUCCCGCCCCUUGGGGCGUCGUCGACGGUCCCUACACCCGUCACUACUCUCGAUGGUUACUCCCCGAUCCGCGAUUUGAUGGCGGCGACACUGAGCCUGCCGCCCCGCUGGCCAUGGGCGCCGGUACGCCCCUGGCCGAAGGUCGUUCGACGCGAGGCACCUCCAGCAGUGACGCCGGUUUCCUCGCUGGCAAAUCGCGCCCGCAAAGAGGCUCUGUUGGCGCUCGACUUCAGUCGCUACCCACGGGGUAUCCCGCCCCCAAGGAGAAGGCUGGACCCAUGAUCAUCCGACGAAAGUCGGAUGGCGUGCUUGUCAAGCUGGUCUGUCUCGACUGUCGUCGCGACAACUUCUCCAGCACCCAGGGCUUCAUCAAUCACUGCCGCAUCGCCCACAACCGGAACUUUGCCAGCCACGAUGCCGCCGCCGUCGCCUCGGGAGAACCCGUCGAAGUCGACGAGGCCGGAGCGGUCGUUGGCGGGAGCAAGAACGAGACGACGCCCACCGCCACCACACAGGGCUUCGUCCAUCCCCUGGUUCGCUCCGCGCAUGUCAUCGAUUCAUCCUCGUCUUCGUCUCGAACUCCCGCGUCGUCCACUGCCGACCCCUCUAGCGGUCGCGCGACCCCCAGGCGUCCAGGCGGCAGUCGGUCGGCGUCGACGGUGGAAACACCCCGGGCGCAAGCCCCGAACGAUGCGUUUACAGCCUCCCCCGCCACCCCGCAUCUCUCCUCGUUGAUGCAAGGGCGCGGGAUGGGGGUCGACCUGGACCGCCUGGUCGGCGAGGCGAAGAACCCUGUCGAUCUGAGCGCCUACUCGGAUGACGAGGGUGAGUCAGACGUCAACCCCACGCCGGCAUCGACCGCGGUCAUGCCGCCUGGUGACCCGCCCAGCACGCGUGUUGGCGUUGGCCGCCAGCCCAUGCGGACCACCGUGUCUCAGACGGCGUCGCAGCGUCCGGGCAGUCGCAAAGGGACCGCCAACGAGGUGCCCCCGUCGCUGUCGCUGGAGACCCGGACGCCGUCGCGGACCGCCCCCUACGAGUCCCCAUAUGGACUCUCGCCAGCGGCCCCAUCCCGGACGCGAGACGAUCCUCCGCCCGCGGACGGCAUGGACCGAUCGCUGAAUUUGAGCCCGAACACGGUCGAGUCCAACCAAGCCCCCAGUCUGGUCAGCGAUGACGAUGACGAUGAGUACGGCGCGGCGUCGGACUCGGAGAGUCCGGGGCCCGGAUCAUCGGAUAUCGGCGACGCGGAGGAAGACUUCCGGCAUAUUGACGUAGCGGACGGCGAGGAGACGACGGGGUCUGGGCCGACCGAGAAGGCGGCGCCGUCGGCGUCACUAUCGAAGUGUUCAAAGAAGAAGGAUGGCCUGUUGUCGGCAUCGAUCGUGUCGUUGAACCGCGGCAAGGAUGAGAAGCGGCGUAUCUACCUACCUACAUUCAGCUGCGUCGAUUGCUGUCUGGAGCAUAAAUAUCACACCAUCACGCCAGAGACCUUCCGUCAGCUCCUGGCGCGGUAUCCCGACACCGUGGAGGCGGUGACGCGUCGCAAGGCGUCGACGCCGCGCAAGAGGAAGAAUGCAGAGCCACCCAGCGAGACGGAGAUCACGACAGCAGUGCGGGAGUUCCUCGAGCUGGACGACUGGCGGUACCGGGGGUUGCCGGGGGUGGUGGGCAGUCGCGCAGAGAGGUAUCUCGAUCGCAGCGAGGCCGAGCGGCUUGUCGAGUGGAAGAUGAAACAUGGCAAAUGGCGCCCAACGCUCUUAGGAAUGCUGCGCUCCAACCCCGACAAGACCAUCCGCAAAGCAACGUCGACGGCCUAUGCCGCCAUGACGGGCGUCGACGAGCUGGCGCGGCGGAUGGACUUCCCGACGGCGACGAUGGAGGCGCUGACGACGCCGCUGCGCGGGGUCGGGCCGGCGACGGCGUCGCUGAUGCUGUCCGUCGGACCGGGCGACCACCCGUUCUACAGCGACGACACGUACCUGUGGGUGGUGUGCGCGGCCGGGGCGCGGCGCGGCAUGCUCAAAGGCAACGGCGAGCUGAACGUCAAGUACAACAUGGGCGAGUACCGGGAGUUCUGGGGCAAGGUGCGCGAGCUGCAGGAGCGGCUGGUGCGCGAGGGGUGUGCGCAGGAGGAGGUGUGCGGGGAGAACGUCGAGAAGGUGGCGCUGGUGUGGAGGGCGGAGUACAUGCGGGAUGACGAGGAGGAGGAGACGAAACGACUGGAGAAGAAGAAGAAGGUGGAGGCGAAGAAGCGGGAGAAGAAGGUGAGGCAGAAGGAGAAGACUGAGAGGGGGUGGCAGAAGGCGGCGGAGAGGGAGACGCGGGGGAAGAAGCGCAAGCGGGAGUAG